UAGUCGCGAAUCUGCGGCAAAAGUUCGCGUCGCCGAACGUGUUGCGAUGGUUCCCCGGGCAUAUGACGAAGGGUCUGCGGCAGAUGCAGCAGCGACUGAAAAAUAUCGAUUGCAUCGUGGAGGUCCACGACGCCCGGGUGCCGAUCUCCGGACGUUACGCGGACUUCAGUAGGACUCUGACCGGCUUGAAGCCGCACAUAUUUAUACUGAGUAAAAAAGAUCUGGCCGACACGAGUCAUAGGAAGAGUAUAGUCUCUACGUUGAACAGAGAGGGGCUGUCCAACGUGAUUUUUGCCAACUUGAAAGAUAAAUACUGCAAGGGCACGAAGCAGAUCUUACCCCUGGCCAAGAAGUUGAUAUUAAAUUCGCAACGUUACAAUAGAACGGAGGAGGAAUCGUAUUCCAUGAUGGUCAUUGGUGUGCCCAAUGUUGGAAAGUCCUCCCUUAUCAAUUGCUUGAGAAACAGUAACCUUCAUCUCUCGGGUAAAGCCACCCCCGUUGGCGCGACGGCUGGUAUCACGCGAUCCGUAUUGACCCGUAUCAAAAUAUCGGAGAAUCCAGUAAUGUAUCUGAUUGAUACCCCAGGUAUUCUAGCUCCUUCCAUCAAGGACGUCGAUGCUGGCUUCAAGCUGGCCUUAGUGGGAUGUCUGCAGGAUCAUGUGGUAGGAUCGCAUCUGCUUGCGGAUUACCUGCUAUUUUGGCUGAAUAGAAACGGCCGAUUUGAAUACGUAGAGAAAUUAGGUUUGCCAGAACCGAACGACAAUGUGUUGCACAUACUCACGUUUAUCGCUGCAAAAUUGGGAAAAACCGUGAGAAUAAAGAGCUACAGCGGUCAAUUAGAAAUUAAGCCGGAUUUAAAGUUUGCAGCGGACCAUUUUGUUAGUCUAUUUAGGAAGGGAGACUUAGGAUGCUAUUGUUUAGAUAUAGAUUUACUAGACACCUCACAAAACCUCGAAGUUAGUUUAGGCUAAUGAUAAUUAUAUAUGUAAAU